CAUGAAGCCAGGUAACAUUUGUGAUGCGAUGGAAUGUUUUUGAGACAACAACUUGCCAACCGGUCUGUGCUGUGUGUAAAACUUCGAAACAACCCAAGCACUUCUCUCCGGCGAUAUUUUUUCCGUUAAAUUAAGACUUUUUCAAUAGUGACAAACAGUUGGUACUUGUUUUCGAAGCCAGCAGAAAGGAGGAAGCCUAAGUGCAGAUACCAUCUACGGGUUCACAGUCCAGUGGAACGUACAAACAAAACAAACGGAUCAUCAACGAAAUAACAAAAUUCUCCACCGCGUGCCUUCAGACGAUCGAGCUUUUUUCGAGCUUUUACCCAGGAAAAUAGUAAAGAAAAAAUCAACACCACGCCAAAACUUUGAUGGUUACGUUGGAUCGAAGCAAAGAGCAAACAGAAGGCUUCAGCUCCAAAUUACUGCCAGCAAAUUGAUUCGUGAUCCGCGGAACGAGAAGAUUAGCCAGCACGUCCCAAGGAAUCUGUCUUCAAUCCGCAAUCAUUUUCCCAGGAUUGUGCCCGCAAGCGAACAGUGUGUGGCUGGCAAAAAGACGAUGGCCAGAGCUUCCGCUUGCGCAACAUACAGCGCUUGAUACCAACCGUUGGCAUCCCCAUGCAGAACUUCGCCACUUCGUAUCGAGCUGGAAGAAACUCACACCUGAGAUAAACCCAAACCACUUUUCAUAGCACGGUUCGUUGGAAAUAAAUAGCGAGAACGCGAUCCGCGCCAGCCAACUCCCAUAAAGAAGAAAGCGCCCGGGAAGGAGGGGAUAGAGUCGAAAGUUGAAAGGAAAUAGAAAAGCGCUGUGUGGCUGUUUCUACUAGCUGGCCUGGCCGCUGGUUCGCUAGAGUCGUCGAAGAGAAAAUCAUCAAAGAUCGGCUUGUGGAGAAGACACCGAAGAAGACGGCCCUCGGGCAUUUCGUUUUGAGCGAAAGGUAACAUCUAAGCCAGCCUCCCGCCCCAAGCGCUAGUGCUUCUUUCACUCCCCCGCCCUGCCGACGGAAGAACAAUGCUGAAGUUUAUACGUGGAAAAGGCCAACAACCUUCGACGGAGCGGCAGAAGCUGCAGAAGGAGCUGUUUGCAUUUCGUCGGACGGCCCAACAUGGCUUCCCACACAAACCAUCCGCCGUGGCGUACGACCCGAAGAGCAAGCUGAUGGCCAUCGGCACAAACAGUGGCGUCAUCAAAGUUUUCGGCCGACCCGGUGUCGAGUUCUACGGUCAGCAUACGUCGACGGGCAACAAUCCGUCCGAUCUGAUCGUGCAAAUGCUCGAAUGGAUCCCGGGUACCGGCCGUCUGCUCUCGUUGACCGCAUCGAACCAGCUGGUGCUGUGGGAGCCAGCUGGCACGCUACUGGUGGCCAUCAAGAGCCUGGCGUUCGAUGGGAAGCUGAAGAAAAUCUCUUCCCUGUGCUGCUCGUACAUGAAGGACACGGUAUGGAUCGGUACGGAGGGUGGCAACGUGUACCAGUUCGAUGUGCGCAACUUCGUCGUAAAGGAGUCGGUCAUCUACCACGAUGUGGUGCUGGAGCAGCUGCCGACGUCCUACCGGCUGAACCCGGGUGCGAUCGAGUCGGUGAAGCAGUUGCCGAACAACCACAACCAUUUGAUGAUUGCGUACAACCGUGGCCUUGCGGUGCUGUGGGAUCUGGAGUCUGCCAGCGUAAAGCAGUCGUUCAUCUCGCCCGGCCACGGCCAGAGUGUGGGGUUGUUCAUUGGCCAGGAUAGCACGCAGUUCACCUGGUACCAUGCGGACGGAUCGUACGCAACGUGGGAUCUGGAUAGCCCGAUUCCGCCCGAGAACCAGAAGUACGUCCCGUACGGUCCGGACCCGUGUAAAGCGAUCGAUCGGCUGAUCCGUGCCCACCGUGGUCGCUGCGAGCUGGUCGUCUUUUCUGGCGGUAUGCCUCGUUCAGCCUACGGCGAACACCAGUGCGUGUCGGUGCACUGCAAGGAUGGCACAAAGGUGGCGUUUGACUUUACCUCGAAGGUGAUCGACUUUUUUGUUACUUUCAAUGAUGCCCGGCCGGAGCAGGCAGAAGUACUGGUGGUCUUGCUCGAAGAAGAGCUUGUUGCGUACGAUCUCACCGAUGAGACACUUCCGCAGAUCAACGCACCCUACUUGCACUCGCUGCACGCGUCUGCUGUCACCUGUAAUCACCUUGUGUCGCAGGUGUCGGCCGAUGUGUACGCCAAAAUCAAGCAAGCCGGUGAGUAUCAGAUGGCCGAGUACAGCAGCAACCCGUGGCCGAUCACCGGUGGUAUCCUGCCCAACGAACCGAAGGAUGACGACGAACGUGGGUCGGUUGAACGAGACGUGCUCAUAACCGGACACGAGGAUGGGUCAGUAAAGUUCUGGGACUGUUCCGACGUCUGUCUGACACCGCUGUUGCACGUCAAGACGGCUCCACUGUUCAACAACAGUGACGACUUUGAUAGCGCCCUCAAUGGCUCCACGGAGCAGCUGGACGAUGGUGAGCCGCCGUUCCGUAAGGCGGGACAGUUCGAUCCCUAUUCGGACGACCCGCGCCUAGCCGUAAAGAAGGUGCAGCUGUGCCCCCAGACGGGCACACUGAUAAUUGCCGGUACGGCGGGCAACGUGGUGAUGGCAAACUUCGACUCGUCCGACUCGUCAGGCGACGAAACUCCAGCACCAUUGAAAGUGACCACAAUGAACCUGGUGAGUGAUCGUGAUGGAUUCGUCUGGAAGGGACACGAUCAACUGAAGGUGAAGCGCCAGCUGCUCGAGGAAAACGCACCCGUCAUCGAGGGAGUAAACUUCAUGGGCGUGCUGCAGGUAUUGCCACCGGCCGCCGUUACUUGCAUCGCGAUGCAGAGCAAAUGGUCGUUGGUUGCUGCAGGCACGGCCCACGGUCUCGUGCUGUUUGAUUAUCAGAAUCAGACCCCGGUAUUGCACAAGUGCACCCUCAAUCCGAAUGAUCUCACCGGUGCCGGGGAAACGCUGUCCCGCCGAAAAUCGUUCAAAAAAACACUUCGCGAAUCGUUCCGUCGACUGCGCAAGGGACGCUCCACCCGUGGCAACCCGAAUUCCGCCGGAGGUGGUGGUGCUGGUGCUCAGCAGCAACAAUCGGCAGCUGAAACACGUCCAGUCGAACGCCAGAUCGAAGCGCGGCCAGUCGACGACGGAAUGGGUUCGAUGGUCCGUUGCCUGACCUUUGCCCAAACGUUCAUCACCAACCAGAACGUGUACAUUCCGACCCUGUGGGCCGGUACAAACUCGAGCUGUGUGUCGGUGUUCGUGCUACAUUUGCCACCGAAGCCGGCGGCACCUGCUCCAGCUGCGGCGGAAGACGGAACCGAUGAGACGGGACCGGCCGUCGUUCCGCAGGGGCCACCGGUCACCGGGAAGCUUGCAAAAGAAAUCCAGAUGAAACAUCGGGCUCCCAUCAUUGGCAUUGCGGUUGUUGAUAGCAAUGGUGUUCCACUAGAGUUCCAGAAUGUACCGGGACCAGCGCCGCACCGCGUGCUGAUUGCCUCCGAAGAGCAGUUCAAAGUGUUCUCACUACCGCAACUGAAACCUUUGAACAAAUACAAGCUAACUGCUCACGAAGGUGCGCGUGUCCGGCGUAUCGCUUUCGCCACAUUCAUGUGCACCGUUCCGACGUCCAGUCUGGCACAUUCCAGCCCCCCGAAGGCAAGCACCAAACUGGCACCGCAAUCGCCAUCCGCCCCGCCAGCCGCAGAGCCUUCAACCGCAGAUAACAAUGCUACCGCAACGACCGGUGAACCGAAUGCGCCCAAUGCAGCCAGCGGAGGAGGUUCGGAUGUGACGAACCACUGUGAAAUCAGUCUUCUUUGCUUGACCAACCUGGGUGACUGCUUGGUGUUGACCGUUCCGGAACUGCGUCGACAGCUGAACUCCGCUGCGGUUCGCCGAGAAGAUAUAAACGGCAUUUCAUCCCUUUGUUUCACGGCCCACGGUGAGGCUCUGUACAUGAUGUCGUCCUCAGAGGUGCAGCGAAUCAGCUUAUCGGCCACGAAAAUUGUAUCCCCGAACGGAAUGAUCGAGGUGGAGGAUUGGUCAACACCGGUUGAUGAUGCGACCGGCGAGGAAGAAGACGACGAUCGAGAACAGGACAAUGAGAACCAACAAGACGCUUCCUCGGAGCGGGAGGUGGCCGCCGAAAAGCCCACACUCACUACCACCGCGUCCAACGCCGAAAGGGCUGCCAGUACGGGCAGUGCGACGGUGCUGACGAACGGUACUUCCAACCCGAGGCUGAGCAAUGGUGUUGGCAGCGGAGACGAUGCGUCGCCGAACAAGGCGAACGAGACGAUCACCAGCUCGAUUGGGGACAUCACGAUCGACUCCGUGCGUGAUCACCUCAACUCGACCACGACGACACUCUGUUCCACGACCACCGAAGAAGUUGUUGGUCGCCUGUCAGUAUUGAGCACCCAUACGAGCCAAAUGUCCGCAACGGCUAAGAAUAGCGACAUUUUGAGCCUUAACUCUUCGAACAUCAAGGACCUGAAAGGCAUUGGCGACUCUACGGAAAAAUCAUCCAACUCGGCUAUUAUAAAAUCGAUCAUCACAACCGUAAGACAUGGCACGAACGUUACAAACGGUGAGACCAAGGAAACGAACCGAACCUCUUCUACGACGACGACGACAACCACCGCGGCAUCUGCCACCAACGGUACGAACGGAAGCGAUUCGAUUCCACCGCCACUUCCGUCUACGGCACCACCACUUAUAACCGUGCUCCGGAAAGAGAGUCAGUUUUAACAAAUCUUCGAAAACGAUUUUUGUUUUAACGAGCCGAAGGGAGAUCAAUGAAUGAAAAAAAGUUUUCGCCAAACCGAAUGCCCUAUUCAUUGUCACCCGGAGGAGGGACAUUGGUGUGCCAAACAUGGCACGCGAGUCCUAGAGAACGGCAGAUGGGAGAUGUGUGGCGGUUUUUCAGUACUAAGGAACAUAUAUAAUAGUAUUUUGCGGCGGCUGUUUAGGUAGCAAGAGAACACUUUACGAGUAACGAAACGAGACAAGUAUUAGACAUAAGUGACUUCUUAAUGCAUACAGUACAGGAUAUCGCGGUAGUGUAGAAAUGGCAACGAGAAAGAAAUUAAAUGUUAAAGAAACCCUUAUAUGCCCCCCCCCCCCCCCCCUCAGAUGUCACCAUCGUUGCCUUUCCACGCAUUGUGCACUGAAGAAUAUUAGUUCGGGAAUAGAAAAGAAAAUCGCAUAGUAUCAUAUCCCAUUUCAUUUUACACCAGAAAGAAGCUGGAAAUGUUUCGUGCCGUUGAUUUCAACGUUGCUUAGUUUUUGGUUGAAAAAUCGUAACGAAAUUAGGGCCUCGGCGUUAUGUUUUAUUAUAUGCUUAAUUAGGAUGUUAAGAUAUUUUUAUUAUUCUGAUGAUGCUUCGCAUUACGUUGCGUAUCUUCUUUCCACCGAUCGAGAUGAAUUUUUUGGAGAUAUACGCUAAACAACAGGAAUAAUUAUUAUUAUCACAAAAAAGGAAGGAAGAAAGGAAAGUAUGAAAGUUUUAUUUUACGGACAAACUAUGUCCAUCGAUCGUUAUUUUCAAAAGCAUCCAGUAAUUCCGCUAGAGAUGUAUGUGGCAAAACAAGAAGCAUAUAGAAUGUCAUUGAACGGAAGCAGACAAAAACUAUGGCCUUAGUAAGACGAAAGUGAAUGAUAGAUUUCUUAACUGUAGUCGUAAGGAAGAACAUGUCUUAACCAUGUUAGCAAUAAGUCGUCACUUAUUACUACUUACUGCGUGCGCUCAGAUCACCGUUGCUGUACGACGCAAAAAAGACGGAUUUUUACAACCGUCGCACUGGCAGUUGCCCUGUUGGCAGAAGCAAACAGACAUGAAAACUAUUCUAAACCGACAUCGACCGAUCGGACACACGGAGUGGAUCGUCACAGAUGAGUUGACUUUUUUUAUUUCGCUAUAUGAACAAUAUAAAAAAUUGAUUUAUAUACCUUUUUCUAUUUUAUAAGCAGAGCAGAGUAUGUUUUCCAACGAAAUUAUACAUGUCUAUUUAAUCUAUUACAAACUACCGCAUAA